UUGCUCAACAGAAUCUUCGCGUUUCAAUCGUUCUUUUCUCUUCCACUCUUUUCUCCCAAGAAAAAGCUACUUUUUUUCAUUCUCUUUCUCAACACUACUAUUCAAUCCCGUACAUAUUUAUAUAUAGAAAAAUAUAUAGAUACUCUCAGUCUUUCCUCGAUUCAUUUGUUUCUGGCUUCAGAUUAUUCACCACAAGAAAACAGAAAUCAAAAGUUUCUGGGUAAAAUAUGGGAUCAAGUCCACCUGAACUGGGUUUAAAUUGUAGAUUAUCAUCGGCAACAAAAACUUAUAUUCCCAAAACUAUCGGUGAUUUUCUUGCGGAAGUUUCGAUGAUCAGUAAUACUUCUGAAAGGCUUUUAAAGCUUGAUGAUUACGUCAAUCGACUCCAAGAUGAAAUGAAGAAAAUCGAUGCCUUCAAACGUGUUCUUCCUCUUUGCAUGCUCCUUCUCAAAGAUGCGAUUGUGACAAUGGAGGAAGAGUUAAAGCAGUGCAAGAAAUCAAAUACUCGACCAGUGUUGGAAGAAUUUAUACCAUUGAAGAAUCCUAAUGAUGAUGAACAUGAAAAGGUCAAGGCCACUACAGAAAAUGAUGCUAACAAUAGAGAUAAAAUGAAUUGGAUGAGCUCUGUGCAGCUAUGGAACUCAGAUCAUCACCAUCAAUAUCCGAAUCUUGAUUUGCAUAACAAUAACCAAACCUUAAAACUGGAUAUCAAAAAGGGAGUGGAAGAAGAAAUUCUUCGGCCAGUUAUGGAUGAUUUAUUUCGGUCUGGUAAAAAUAGGACAAUGGGGAAGGAAUCUGUACCUUUCAAAGGGUGUAAAAGUUAUUCGGAGAGGAAGGAAGAUAGGAGCGAAUUGUCCGGAGUGACAGGGCUUUCGCUAUGUACACAAAAAAUGAAGAGUUCGAGAGAGGAUAUUGAUUAUAGUGGCUUGAGCUUGAAAUCCAGUUCUAGCAGAUUAGGUUCCUCUUUGGUAACUAAUGUUGGAUCGAAUAUGAGGACUGCACAGCAAUCAAAGCAGCAGCAAACAGAAAGGAAGCAAAGGAGAUGCUGGUCGCCUGAAUUACAUCGCAGAUUUGUCGAUGCCCUGCAACAACUUGGAGGUCCACAAGUUGCUACUCCUAAACAGAUCAGAGAACUGAUGCAAGUUGAUAGUCUCACAAAUGAUGAAGUGAAGAGUCAUUUGCAGAAAUAUCGUCUUCAUACUCGAAGAGUUCAAUGUACACCCACAAAUCAACCUGUGGUACUAGGAAGUUUGUGGUUGUCCCAAGAACAGGGUGGGGAAUCCUCAAAACCGAGCACAUCCCAAUCUGGUUCUCCUCAGGGACCUCUUCACUUAACUGGAUCCUCCAGAGCAACUUCCAUGACUGCAGCGGAUAGCAUGGAAGACAAUGACGACGAAAACUUGGAGAGCCAUAGCUGGAAAAAUCGCAUACAUUUGUCCAAUGCGUAGACGACUAAACAUUCACCACGAGUUUUCAUAUGUAGAGAGUAUAUGUUGGAGGACUAAAAAUUUUAUGCAUUACCCAUAAAAGAUCUUGAGGCAGACUGUUUUUUAAAUUUUGCAGGAUUAGAAUUUUCCUCAUCUAUGUUGAAUUGAGUUAUUUUUAUUAUACAGAAAUAUGUGAAUUUGAGCACUUCAUUUCCUUUUC